GAAAAAACUUUGUGAGCAGAAUGAUUUAGAUCAGAGUCGUGGAUUCACUGGCGCCAUGUAAUACUAAUAGGGAGUUGGUUGAAAUUCUUCUCCAAAUACAACACUGAUCAUUCUAUUUGCAAAUGCACAAAGGAAAACUGGAUUCUGUCUCCGUCCUCAGUUCCCUUCCUGAAGAUGUUGCCAUCAAAAUUGCUUCGAUGCUUCAGGGGCGGGAUUUGUGUGCCUUAGGUUGCUGUUCGAGGUUCUGGAGGGAACUCUGCUUCUCAGAUUGCAUUUGGGAGUCUCUUGUCAGAAAUAGAUGGCCCUUAUUCUCUUCCUCCCAUUGCCCUUCUUCUUCUUCUUCCUCUUCCACCCACUCUCCCAAUUUCAAGAAGUGGAGGAAAUUGUACUUGGAGAGGCACGUGGAAUUGGGUGUUAGAGCAAAGUCUGUUGAGAAGUUUCUCGAAGCUUGUUCACGUUCUGAAUCACUCGAGGUUGGGGACUAUCUGAAAGCUGUUGACACCUUGAUUGGUACGAGGUUUGGUUUUGAAGACGUGCAGAGAUUUUUGUUCAACCCUCAAAUGAAUGUGCUGAUUAACUUGGUUGGGGUACAUUAUUGCCUCACAACCCUUGGGAUUCGGGGUGAUAAUCUUGUAGAAGCUCUUCAGACACGCGAGAUAUCAGAUCGGCGUGUCUGCGUGAAGUGGUGGAAAGUUGGUAGAUGGUUCUAUGGCUUCCGUAUGAGGGACGAAUCACAUUCUAGGUGGGUUUCUUUGGCAGGUUUGGCAACAGAAGAUGAUGAACAUGUUCUGGGAGUGCUUCGCCGAGGUACUAUUCAUGAGGUUUUACGUGUUCAGAUCUCUGUGGUUGGUCGUACAUCAACAUCUUGGUCCUUCCAGGUUACCCAAAGAUUGGAAUAGCUGUAGGGAAAUCAACUAAAGUUUUAAUGUCUUUCGGUAUUUAUGUGUAUAGUUGUUGUUUUAAAAAUUCUGUUGUAACUUGUAAUAUUACAUGUAUAGUAUGUCAUCAAUGAUAACACAAUAAUAAGUUCAUAAUUUUUAUUAUCUUCUUCA